GCCGCCACAGUGGCAGCGACCGACGACGAAGAAAACAUAACAACCACGCGAGCUAAAGGCGAAUCGAGCAGGGCAGCGAUGGACGCGCAGCUCCCGCCCCACGAGGGCGGCGAGCUGUCGGUGGUGGACAUGCACACGGGCGGCGAGCCUCUCCGCAUCAUCGUGAGCGGCUACCCGCGGGUCGAAGGCGGCACGCUGCUGGCCAAGCGGCGUUACGCGCGCGAGCGCCUGGACCACCUGCGGCGGGCGCUGAUGCUGGAGCCCCGGGGCCACUACGACAUGUACGGCGCCUUGCUGGUGCCCAGCGAGCUGCCCGACGCCGACGUGGGCGUGCUGUUCGUGCACAACGAGGGCUACAGCACCAUGUGCGGGCACGCCGUGGUGGCCCUGGGGCGUUUCGCCAUCGACUACGGCCUGGUGAAGGAGCCGCGCUCGCCCGAGACGCCCGUCAACAUCCACUGCCCGUGCGGCCUGGUCAGGGCCUUCGUGGAGUACGCCGACGGGAAGACGGGCGCGGUGAGGUUCCUCAGCGUGCCGGCGUUCGUCUUCGCCACGGACGUGACGGUGGCAGUGGAGGGCUUCGGCGACGUGACGGUGGACAUCAGCUACGGAGGAGCCUUUUACGCCUUCGUGGACGCGCGGCGCUUCGGCCUGGACGUGAGGGAGUCCAGGACCAGAGAUCUGGCGGACGCGGCCACGGCCGUCACCAGAGCCGUCGUAUCGCGGGUGAAGCUGCGGCACCCGCUGAGCGACGACCUGGCCUUCCUGUACGGCACCAUCCUCACCGACGGCAAAGAGCGCUUCUCCUCGGACGCCACCGCCAACGUCUGCGUCUUCGCCGAAGCUCAGGUGGACCGCAGCCCAACCGGAUCUGGCGUGACGGCGCGAGUGGCCCUCCAGUACCACAAGGGUCUGAUCGGGUUGAACCAGUCCAGGACUUUCCAGAGCGGAGCCACCGGAUCGCAGUUCACCGGCAAAGCUGUGGAGGAGACCACGUGUGGAGACUUCAAGGCGGUGGUGGUGGAGGUGGCCGGCAGAGCGUUUUACACGGGAGUUUCGUGUUUCGUGCAAGAGACCGAGGACCGGCUGAAACACGGCUUUCUGCUCAAGUGAGCGUCACCUACAGCUUAUCAUUACUUUAAACACAAAUAUAUAACUCGAUGUUCAUAUUCAAGCAAUAGGCGCUAUAUUUGAGGAAGUUUACAUUUCUAAUUUGCAUCUUGAAAUAAAAAGGGUUGAGAAAUGUCUCCUCUAUGCUGAAAAAACAAGUACUCGCACUGGCCACUAGAUGGCGCUGUAUCUCAGUGCACCGAAUAAGAGUCACCUAUUUCUCCCAUUUAUAUGAAGAACGACAUUUAUGUAUUCAAAUGUAGAAAUGCAUCCCUGCAAAAGCGGAAGAAGAUGGAAAUGGCAAAAAUAAUGAUCUCCAGGUUUCCUUUCAUGAUCCCCCCCCCCCCCACCCCCAAAUGUGUGUAAUACCAAUAAAAUAUCAAAACAUUGCUCUUCA